AUGAACCAGAGGCCAGCUUCUUCACAUUUUCUUAAUCCUCGUGAUACCUUCGAACACUAUGAAAACAGAAGUAGACCGCAGUCUGUAGCUGCUUCCCACAACAAUUUCCAACAAAGUGGUUAUCCUGGUCAAUUGGCCUGUCAAUAUAGAGCACAACCUCAUGUAACAGCUUUCAUUCCUGAAACUAAUAAGAAGCCAAUUCCUGUCGGUAUUAUAAUUGCUGUAGCAAUAGCAGUGCCUGUCCUCAUAAUAAUAUGCCUUUUCGGAGCCGUUUGGCUUCAGGAAUUGGGUGUUUUAUGA